AUGUUAAAUAACAACAACAAAAUAAAUACAAAAUUUUAUUCAUUUCUUAUUUUAAUUUUAUCAGUUAAUUGUAAUAAUAUACAAAAUAUUAAACAUAAAACAUUAGCUUCUUUUGUGAGUAUUGGACAAAUAAAUGAUUGGUUAAGAUUACCUAAAUAUUUAAAUAAUGGAAAAAUAAAUGGGGAAUGGUUAGUUAUUGCUGCAGUAAAUAGACUUUAUGUUCUGGAUUUAAAUAUUUUGACUCUUGCACAUGAGGCUGUUACUGGACCUGCUUUGGAUAGUCCAUUUUGCAAUUCUGAAUUAACUUCUUGUAUUGGUUCAAGAGAUACUAUUGUAGACACUGAUAAUUGGAAUAAACUUUUGUUACCAUUAAUAGAUAAAAAUAUUAAUUCAACAAAAUUAGACAUUAAUGCUUUACUUGUUUGUGGUUCUGUUAGACAGGGAGAAUGCCAACUUCGUAAUUUCCCUACAUUAGAAAGACUAAGAGAACAUCGUUCUCUCUCAGGCAAUUGGCAACAUGUCCCCGUUGUUGCCAAUUCACCUUUGGCAAGUACUGCAGCUAUUUUAGUUGGAGAUAGACUUUUUGUUGCUACUGGUACUUCAUCAGAAAUUCCAACAGGAAAUCCUUAUAGAGAAGCUUUUCCAGCAGUUACAACACGUUUACUUUCUGAUGGAUUACAAACUGUAAAUGCUGGAAGUUUGGAUGGAGAGGCCGCUGUCCAUAUUCGUGUUGAAUAUCGUCGACAUAUGCAAUUAAAUUAUUUAUAUGCCUUUCGAGACCAACAUUUUAUUUAUUGGCUAGCUGUACAGCCUAGAAGUCCAAAUACUGGGGCUGCUUUAAUUACUCGAUUAAUUAGGGUCUGCCUGGAAGAUGAUAGAUAUACUUCCUAUUCUGAAUUAGAAUUACAAUGCCGUUCUGCCGAAGACAAUACUCUUUUUGCCGUUGCUCGUGCCGGAACUUUUUAUUCAAAUAAAAGGGAACUUUGGGCUAUUUUUACUGAUUAUGAAGGACAACGUUCUGCUAUUUGUGCCUUUUCUUUAAAUAAAAUAAGAAUGACUUUUUGGUAUAAUAUUGAUAGAUGUAGAGGGGGGACAGACAAUAUUGGAUUAGCUUAUAUUGGGAGAGAUGCUAAAUGCACAAAUCGUUCUCAUUUGCCUCUCUCUGAGGAUACUUGCCUUAUUGGGGUUGGUGGCGCCAUUGAAGCAUCAGCACCAGCAUUGGCACAUUUUCCUGGACGUAUUCUGAAUGCUUUAGAUGUUGCAGAGGUUGAUAAUCAUUUGUUGGUUGUUGUUGGAACAAAGAAUGGGGAAGUAAUUCAGAUGAAGGUAAUUGGAGAACGUGCAACUCGUCGCCUUCAACCUUAUGCUGAUUAUCGUGUUGUUGCUGAUCCUAUCGAAAGAAUAGCAAUAAUUAGUGAAAAACAACGAUUUUUGUUGAGUGCUGGGAAAGAGGUUCUAUUACUUCGCCUCUCCUCUUGUGAUGAUAAUUUUGAAUUAUCCUUUAAUGGUUAUAGCUGUUCUGAUUGUAUUAAUUCUGGAGAUCCUCUGUGUGCUUGGUGCCUUUCAUUAGGUCGUUGUACCCAUUCAACAUCUUGUCCAUCUCCAUCAGCUUUAACUUCUUCCAUUUAUUUAAAAAACUGUCCUAAUAUUCGAGGACAUAUUAGACCGGAAAAUAUUUCUUCAUCUUCUCAAAGACAAGAACAAAUUUUUGUACCUCUUAUUGGAUUACCGACAAAUUCAAUUCAAACAGGAAAAAUUAAAUUGGAAUGUUUAUAUUUUAAAAUUGAAGAUAACAGUCCUUCAUCCUUAAUUCCAUUUCGUUCUUCUGUUCGACUUGUAAAUGAUGGAAUUGAAUGUGAAACUCCUAUAUUAGAAAAUUUUUCAACUUUAUCAGUAAAUGACUUUCAACGUGUAAAUGUGCAAAUUCGUGUUGUUGGAACUAAUUCUAAUUUAAUUGAAAUUAAAAAUGGAAAUGAAAAUAAAACAACAUUAACAUUAUUUUCGUGUUCUUUCCAUCAAUUAUGUUCAUCAUGUGCCUCUUCUAAAUGGCCUUGUCGUUGGUGUGCAACUGAAAAGCGAUGUUUAGAUGUUUCUGACUGGAGUAAUAAAUGCCCUCGAGAACAUGCUUUGACCCAAAAUAAUGGAUGUGCACGAAUUUUGGAAGCUAAUGGACUUCAAUUAGUUGUACCUGACUCUUCAAAUGUAUCAUUAGAAUUUUCGGUUGAGAAUUUGCCUUCAACAUCAAUUCCUCUUAAUUGUCGAAUGGAUGGAGGGUCUUUAAUUAAAGCUUCAAUUUUAUCUAAUGGAAAGAAUGUUCGUUGUCCUAUUGGAUUAUUUGGUUAUAAGGAACAUCUGCCUAUAAAGAAUUUUACUUUGGAAUUAUUAGCAGGUUUAGAACCAUUUGAUGCUACAAAAGGUAGAAGAAAGAGUAAAAGUCUGAAAAUUUCUUCAAAAAUAAUUUUAGUUUCAAUCUAUAAAUGUGAAUAUAUGGCAACAGAUUGUUCUCGUUGUAUGGCUUUAGAUCCAGUUUAUAGCUGUUCUUGGUGUGGGGGAAUAUGCAGACAUGUUGAAAAAUGUUCAUCGUCUUUAAGGGAUUCUAGAACUGCAGCUGCAGAUGAAUUAUGUACUUCGCCAACUAUUUAUUCGUUUUCACCAAAUAGCGGCCCUUUAGAGGGUGGAACACUUGUUGAAAUUAUUGGUCGUGAUUUAGGUUCCCAUCUUCAAGAUGUAAAAGACAGAGUUUUGAUUGCUGGUAUUCCUUGCCAAAUAAAGCAUUAUGAGGCUUCUGAAAGAAUUCUUUGUGAGACUGGCCCUUCUUUAUCUCCAAUUUCUGGACCAAUAAAAAUAACAAUUGGAAGGAGUGGACGUAGAAGUGUCGAUUCAAUUAAAGGAAAAAAUGAUGAAAACAGACAACAAAAUAAUAAUGGAAUAUUUAAUUAUUUAAGUCCUGAACCAAUUUCUGUUCAGCCAAAUUUUGGGCCACAAAGUGGUGGUACUCGUUUUGAAAUUUUUGGAAAGAAUUUAAAUGUUGGAAGAAAUGUUAGCGUACAUUUUGAUAAUUUGGAAUGUCAAAUUGUUGGAGAAGAACGAUUGUCUGAUCAACUUUCAUGUUUAACUGGCUCUAGUACUAGACGGACCUAUACAGUUACCGCUAUUAGACUACAAAUAGAUAAAGCAGUUCGUUUAAUUCCUGAUGCUCGAUUUGAAUAUAGAGCUGAUCCAAUUAUAAUUGAUAUACAGCCUAGAACAGCCCCUGAAGGUGGUGGAAGGAAUUUAACGAUAUUUGGCAAUAAUUUCGAUUCAAUCAUUUCACCAAAAAUUUUCCUUCUUUCACCUCCAAUUGUUUCAAAUGCCUCUCCUGAUGAAUGGGAAUUAGUUAGUGAACUUGGAACUUGUAUAUUAAUAAAUAAAACACAAAUGAUUUGUCCAAGUCCUCGUCUUGCUUUACCUACAGCUUUAUUAAGACAUUCACAAAUGGCUAGAUGGAAUAUUGGUUUUGCUAUGGAUGGGGUACAAAGUGUUAGAAAUCUUGGAGAUAAAAUACAGUUAACAACAGUUCCUGACCCACAAUUCUCUCCAUUUAUUGGUGUGCAACAACUUCAAUAUGAUCAACCACUUCAAUUAUCUGGACAAUGGCUAAGCCAGGCAGCUGAUCCUGAUGAGUAUUAUGUUACUAUUGGAAUGGAACGUUGUCCAGUAUUUCUUCUCGAACCAGAUCACCUUCUUUGUCGUCCACCCUCCCAUCGUCCAUUACCCACAGACGAUUCUGGUGCAGAAAUGGCCGAUGGCCGCCCUUUGGUUGUUGUUCGUGUUGGCCGUGUGCGUGUUGAAAUUGGCCCAUUAGACUACUUGGGAGGAGAUUCAACAGAAAAUUCGUUGAAUUCUGGAGAGGGAAUUGCUGCACGUCUUCUUCCCCGUCAAAAAGCUGCUGCAGCUGCAAUUUUGGCAGCUAUAGCAUGUGCUUUACUUGCAAUUGGAACGGUAACAGCAGCACUUUUGGGUUGGAGAAGACGGCGUUGUCAAGGUGUAGAAAAUGAAAGGUCCUAUAAACGUAUACAAUUACAAAUGGAACAAAUGGAAAGUCAAGUACGGCAAGAAUGCAAACAAGCAUUUGCUGAACUCCAAACAGAUGUUCUUUCUGAAUUAGACACUGUAAUAGAGAAUGGAAAAUUGCCUACUUUACUUAAUUUUGAUGACAAUCCUUCAAAUUAUGACAAUAAUGGAACUUUAAAUAAGAAAACAAUACAAACCCCGACAACAAAUAAUUUAUUAAUUCAACCACCAAUUUUGUCUCGUUCAGAAUUUAUUUCUCGAUUACUUUUUAAAGGAGAAACUUUCCCAACAUUUUUGGGUGUUCAAACAUUACAACAACCAUCACCUGUUGCUUUUGCACAAUUUGAAUCUCUAUUACAAAAUAGAUCUUUUCUUUAUGUUCUUGUACAAAUGGCUGAAGAAGAUAAUAAUAUGGGAGCGUCAGAACGUUCAAUGCUCGCUUCUCUUCUUUUGGUAACUUUAGGCCGUGAUUGGGCAUUUCUUUCUGAUGUUGUACUUUCUCUACUUUCUGCACAUAUUCAGCGUUGUUGUCUUUUGCAAAACCAAAAUAAUGGCCCAGUUGAUGCUAUAACAGGCCAAUCACGUUAUUCAAUUGCUGAACAAUCUUUACUAAGAGAACCUUUGGAGGCUAAAACUUUAAAUUUAUUUGUUAUUCCUUUGGACGAAACAGAAAGUUCUCAGGAAUUGUUAAUUCCUUCUAGUCCUGUCCAAUUUCGAGUUCUUGAUUGUGAUACUAUUGGACAGACUAAGGCAAAAUUGUUAGAUGCUCUUUAUUCUAAAAAUGUGGCUUUGCCUUUUUCACAAAGACGUUUAUGUGUUGAACAUUUUGAUUUGGAAUGGCGUUGCCCCCGACGUGGUCCUAUUAUUUUACUUGACGAUGAAGAAACAAAAACAUCAGUUAGAGGACGGGAACCUAAACGUCUAAAUACUUUAGCAUAUUAUGGAGUACUGGACAGAUCUCUUUUGUAUAUGCAAUGGAAAAUAGUUCCACCCCCUAUUGUACACUCUCAACAACAACAUACAUUCCGUAGCGGGUCAAGUGAUCAUUCAACACUUGGUGGUGGAUGGAGAAGUUCUGCCAAUCAACUUUUAUUAUCUGCUUCAUCAACAUCAUCUUCUGCUUCAAAUGAUUCCCCACAUAUUUUUACGUCUUUACAAAAUUUUGGAAAUAAUAAUAAAAUAUUACAACCUCAUUAUUUCCAUCUUUCUACACAAAUGACGACAAAAACAAAUAAUUUAUUAAAUGAAAAUAAAGAAAAAAAUUCAAAGAAAAAUAAAAAACGACAUAAGUUAUCCAACAACAAAAAUAUUCUUUCAACUAAAAAUAUUGAGAAAUCCCCGCCUCCUCCAGAAGUUUUAUUAACUCGACUUUUAAUGUGUAAAGGAGCACUUCAACGUUUCUUUGAAACAUUUUUUGAACAAGCUAUUUUACUUUCUUCUUCAAAUAUAGAGCAAAAACAACAACAAAUACCUGUUGUUUUAAAAUAUGUUUUUGAUUUUUUGGAUAUUCAGGCAGCUCAGAGUCAAGUUCCAAUCACCGAAGAAACCCUCCACGCUUGGAAAUCUAAUUGUUGGGUUCUUCGUUUUUGGCAACAAUUAAUUCAAUCUCCUUCACUUCUUUUUGAUGUUCCUGAAAGGCAACAAACACUUGUUGGUUCUCUUGCUGUUUUAGGGCAAACAAUUGUUGAUAUAUUUUCUUUAUCUGAAUUGAAAUUAGGCAAAGAAAGUCCUUCUUGUAAAUUAUUAUUUGCACCUGAAAUUGCUCGUUAUCGUCCAUUAUCAAUUCAAUUAAUUAAAAGAAUACAAGAACAACCCCCAAUUUCUCCCCAAUAUUUUUAUGAAUAUUUAUCAACAUUAAAUGAAGACAAUAAAUCUAUUGGUCUAUCACCCUCUAUUGCUUUAAAAGAAUUAUUUGGAUGGGCUAAAGCUAAUGGAAUUAAAUUAAUUGAAUGUUUAGAAAAUAAUUUGGAAGCUAAGCAGCAAAGAUUGGGUGAACGUUUAAAACAGUGUGUUGCUGCUAGUUUGGGAGGAAAUAAAAAAGAGAGUGGAAAUGUUAAUAGAACAAUUACUAUAUCCCCAACAUAUUAUGAAGAAAAUGUUUAUGCUACCUUAAAUUAA